AUGAGUAACAGCGAGUGGAACGAUGCUGAGGCAAAUGUCCUCCCUGAGAAGAUUGAGAAGAUGGAGAUGAAAGGCGAGCUGCCAAAAGAUACUAAGAGAAAACGAAUUGUGAGCAUGGAACUGACAAUUUGCUUGCAGANNGAAAAGCUCAUGAAGUUCGACGUAAAACGACGAGAGUACGACAUCAUCGUCAUUGGAGAAGAAUCACAUCUUGCGUACAACAGAGUUGGCUUGACCAGCUUCUUCCAACACCGACAAGUCGAGAACCUGUAUCUUAAUCCGAAAGAGUGGUACUCAUCAAUGCCCGAGGGCUCAUUGAACUACCACCUCAACACCAAAGUCACAUCGAUCAACCCCGAAGAGAAGAAAGUGGAAACAUCACAAGGCACGACAGUUCCGUACGACAUUCUAGUCCUCGCGACUGGCUCCGAUGCAGUGCUACCUCGCCACACUCCUGGACACGAUGCCAAAGGUGUAUUCGUAUACCGCACUAUUGAGGAUUUGGAAAAGCUCAUUACAUACUCGGCCACGAAGAAUGGAUCCGUCGGCGCUGUAGUUGGUGGUGGUCUACUCGGUCUCGAAGCCGCAAAGGCCAUGAUGGACCUCGAGGAGUUUAGCAAAGUUAAGCUCAUCGAGAGAAACCGCUGGGUCCUUAGCAGGCAGCUUGAUGGUGACGCCGGUGGUAUGGUUGUCGAGCAAGUCCGAGCUUUGGGCUUGGAUGUACUUCUCAGCAAAAGAGUCGGCAAGAUCAACGUCGAUGAUGACAACAGUGUCACUGGCGUGACUUUCGAGGACGGUGAGCAAAUGGACUGCACCUGUAUCUGCUUUGCCAUCGGCAUCAAGGCUCGCGACGAGCUUGCUCGGGCAGCUGGCAUUAAAUGCGCAGACAGAGGUGGCGGCAUUGUUAUCAAGAACGAUCUUUCGACCUCAGCACCGGAUAUCUACGCCAUCGGAGAAUGUGCCAGCUGGGAAAACCAGACAUUCGGUUUGAUUGCGCCUGGUGUUGAGAUGGCCGACGUCCUUGCCUUCAACCUCACGCAAGCCAAGGCUCAUGCGCCUCGACAAUUCAAGCGACCAGACCUCAGCACCAAGCUGAAGUUGCUAGGAGUCGAAGUUGCCAGUUUUGGUGACUUCUUCGCGGACCGAGAUGGCCCACAAAUGCUCCNNCCUGCCAGACGUGGUGCUGGAAAGAAGGAAGGUGCCACCGACCAGAAAGACCAAGUCAAAAAACUCACUGACGGCCCUGCACCGCCUCCUGUCAAAGCUCUCACAUACAAAGAUCCAUUCAACCAAGUCUACAAGAAAUACCUUUUCACAACAGACGGCAAGUACCUGCUCGGAGGUAUGAUGAUUGGAGACACAAAGGACUAUGUCAAGCUGGUCCCUAUGGUCAAGAACCAGAAGCCCCUUGAGGUUCCUCCCAGCGAGUUCAUCAUUGGUGCAAGCAAGGGUGAUGACGAUGCUGAUGACCUUGCCGAUGACACUCAGAUCUGCUCGUGCCACAACGUGCUGAAGGGAGAUGUCACCAGGGCAGUCAAAGAUGGAACCUGCAAGUCGAUUGGUGAUGUCAAAGCAUGCACCAAGGCUGGUUCUGGGUGCGGUGGCUGUAUGCCUCUAGUUCAGACCAUCUUCAACAAGACCAUGGCUGCUAUGGGCAACGAAGUCAAGAACCACCUUUGCCCACACUUCGACUACUCGCGUGCUGAUCUCUUCAACAUUAUCUACGUCAAACAGCUCAAGACCUUUGAAGAGAUUAUGAAGCAGUGUGGAAAAGAUCCCGAGUCUUUGGGUUGCGAAGCUUGCAAGCCAACCAUCGGAUCCAUCACUGCUUCUCUCUUUAACAGGCACAUUCUCGAGAAGGAUAAUCGUGGUCUUCAAGACACCAAUGACCGCUUCUUGGCCAACAUCCAGCGCAACGGCACAUUCUCUGUCAUUCCUCGUGUGUCAGGAGGUGAGAUCACUGCUGACAAGCUCAUCAUCAUUGGUACCGUCGCCAAGAAGUACAACUUGUACUGUAAGAUCACUGGUGGUCAACGCAUCGACAUGUUUGGUGCUCGCAAGCAGGAUCUUCCAGCGAUCUGGCAAGAGCUCAUCGAUGGUGGCAUGGAGUCGGGACACGCCUACGCCAAGUCGCUGCGCACUGUCAAGUCUUGUGUCGGAACUACAUGGUGUCGCUUUGGUAUUGGUGACUCCGUCGGCAUGGCUGUCCGCCUUGAGGAGCGCUACAAGUCCAUCCGUGGACCUCACAAGAUCAAGGGUGGUGUUAGUGGUUGUGUUCGCGAAUGUGCUGAGGCACAGAACAAGGACUUUGGUCUCAUCGCUACCGAGAAAGGCUUCAACAUCUUCGUCGGUGGCAACGGUGGUGCUAAGCCUAGACACAGCGAGCUUUUGGCCAAGGACGUUCCUCCGGACGAUGUUAUUCCUAUCCUUGAUCGCUACCUUUCGUUCUACAUUCGAACCGCCGACAAACUGCAGAGAACAGCUCGUUGGAUCGAGAACCUCCCUGGAGGUAUCAAGUACUUGCAGGAAGUCAUCCUCGAAGACAAGCUAGGUAUCGCUGCGGACCUUGAACAGCAGAUGGAGCAGCUCGUAGGCUCGUUCUUCUGCGAGUGGACCGAAGUGCUCAAGAAUCCUGAACGUAUGAAGCACUUCACCCAGUUUGCCAACACUGAUGAGGCAGUGCAGACUGUCGAGGAAGUCAAGGAGCGCGACCAACAGCGACCGACGUACUGGCCCAAAGACUCCAUCACUACUGAUUUCCGUGGUACGAAGUGGACCGAUUUGUCGUGGCAACCUCUCGCACGCUCAGACCAGUUCGAGGAUACUGCGACUGGUAGCUCAUUGGCUGUCAAGCGUGGCGACACUCAAUUGGCCAUCUUCAAGGUCAAGGGCCAAUACUACGCCACACAGCAGAUGUGUCCUCACAAGCGUGCAUUCGUGCUCAGUGACGGUCUCAUUGGUGAUGACAUGAAGACGAACAAACUAUGGAUCAGCUGUCCUUACCACAAGCGCAACUACGAGCUCAAGGGUGACGACGCUGGCAAGUGCGGCAACGACGAGAGCGUCAACAUUGCCACCUUCCCCGUUGAGGCUCGUGAGGACGGAAAUGUCUACGUCAAGCUACCGCCCGUCGAGGAGCUCGACUCGGUUCUCGGAACUAGUAACUUCAUUGUCAAGAAAGACAAUGAGGAGAAGCCUUUCGAGAAGCUGGACAAGAAGAUUCUCAAGGGCCAGAAGGGCAAGUUUGUCAGCCACUUGGAGAACGGCAUGGGCACGAAAGCGAAAGCAAAUGCUAUCCUUGCUGGUGGCGAGAGAAGUGGUGGUAUGGACUGGUAG